AUGACGGCUAAUGAAGCAGUUAACCAAACAAUGAGACCUCCCAGAACUUCCAAACGGAUUCCUAGCCAACGGUUUGCACCCAUGUUUACAAGCGUGAAUCUGAUGUUAUUAUCCAUUGAUCUUCCGUUUAUCUCAGCCAUACGGUCGUAUGCUUUGUACGUUAGGUUCAACACGAUGCAGGCCAUUGUCCUCGACGUGCUGUUGAUCUUCCCGGAUUUGCUUGAGAGGAGCUUUAAUCCCAGAGAUGGGUUUGGUUUAGAUGUGGUGAUGAGUUUGGACAGCACUGUGUUCCUCUUCUUGCUUGUCUCUUUGAUCUAUGGUUUCUAUGCUUGCUUGUUUGGUCUGAUCCCUAGGUUGCCCAUUUAUGCUGAUGCUGCUGAUAGGCAAGUCCUUUGA